GCAUAAUUUAUUCCAAAGAAAAACCAUCACCCACCACUUGUGACACUGUUUUCUGACACAGACACCAUUCCUUCCGCGGCUUCACUUUUCCACCAGAACCUUUCUCUCUCUCUCUCUGGAAUUCAACACGCUUUGUGGAUUAAAAUAAAGUUAACAUCUUUUCUUUCUUUUUUUACUUCUCUUCCCACUACAACACCCCACCUUCAAUUUUCCACCUCUUUCUUGUCCCAAAUCUCCAUCCGGGUCAUUAGUUUCUGAGCCUAUCUUGUUUUCUUUUUCAACCCUUUACUCCAUUCCUCGUUUCAAGAGAGAAAAAGGGUUGCCUUUUCUUUUUAAUUCUUGUCUCCUUAUUUUGUUUCUUCUGCCACUCAUUGCUUGCUGAGUGAGAGAGCCUUUUGUUCUGAGUUCUUGGUUUCUUUGGUUAGUGCUUCUGACAAUAUAUUGGAACUUGGUUUUUGGGGAUUGGUGCUUUUUUGGGGGUACCCAGUUGAACAUUUUUUUUCUUCUUCUUCUUCUUCUUCUUCUCUAACCCAUAAAGUCAAAGCUCUCAUCUUUGAUAAGUUGUGAACAAGGUCUAUGAGUUGUUCCUUGUAGUGCAGAGAAGGGCAUGGUCUUUUUGUUGAGUUUGAGUGAUUCUGCUACUUACUAUACUAGUUAGUUUGACAUCUUGAGGUGAAGUAGAAUGGGAUCUGGAAAUGAGGUUCACUCAGUUGUGGAGUUCAAUUUGGAUGCUAAGUGGCUUAUAGAUCCCAAACAACUAUUUGUUGGGCCUAAAAUUGGGGAAGGUGCUCAUGCCAAAGUAUAUGAAGGAAAAUAUAAAAAUCAGAACGUUGCUGUUAAGAUUGUUAAUAAGGGUGAAACCCCAGAACAGAUUUCUAGGAGAGAGGCUCGGUUUGCCAGAGAGAUUGCCAUGUUAUCUAGAGUUCAACACAAAAAUCUAGUUAAGUUUAUUGGGGCCUGCAAAGAACCUGUUAUGGUUAUUGUAACUGAACUUCUCUUAGGUGGAACAUUGCGCAAACACCUGUGGAGUAUCCGGCCGAAGUGUUUGGAUAUGCGCAUAGCAGUUGGAUUUGCUCUCGAUAUUGCCCGUGCAAUGGAAUGCUUACACUCUCAUGGGAUCAUUCACCGUGACCUUAAACCUGAUAACUUGAUCUUGACAGAAGAUCAUAAAACUGUUAAACUUGCUGAUUUCGGUCUAGCCAGAGAAGAGUCCUUAACAGAGAUGAUGACUGCUGAGACAGGGACAUAUCGAUGGAUGGCUCCAGAACUUUACAGCACUGUUACUCUGAGACAAGGGGAGAAGAAGCAUUACAACCAUAAGGUGGAUGCCUAUAGCUUUGCUAUAGUGUUGUGGGAACUCAUCCAUAAUAAGUUACCUUUUGAAGGCAUGUCUAAUUUACAGGCUGCAUAUGCAGCGGCAUUUAAGAAUACAAGGCCAAGUGCUGAUGAGCUUCCUGAAGAUUUAGCUCUGAUUGUGACCUCUUGUUGGAAAGAGGAUCCAAACGAUCGACCCAAUUUUAGUCAAAUAAUAGAGAUGCUGCUUCGAUAUCUAACUACUAUUUCACCAUCUGAGCCGGUUGUUCCAAUGCGAAUGAUGUCUAAGAAUGCUGUAUUGCCACCGGAAUCUCCCGGUACAAGUGCUUUAAUGGCUAGAAGAGAUGAUUCUGGAGAAACCCCAAAAGGUGGCAAUAUUGAAGGUAGGUCUAAAGGGUUUUUCUUCUGCUGUUACUGAUGACACAAUGUGCUCACAUAAUUUUUUCAUUAGGGCUGUCCCAAAUCACAGUAUGGCAAUCUGAAUAAACCCCACCAAAUUUUACAUCUAGAAUCUUAACAAGAAAAAUAAGUCAGUUUAGUUCACCUUGAUUCCAUGUUCUCAGCAAGAGUAGCAUGCCAUACUCUUUUAACUUUGGAUUGACUUACUUCUAACUUAUUAGGGUUGAGGUUGCUGAGAUGUAUUGUUGUAUAAUAUGGUUCAUCCAAAGGCCUUUACCUCCUGCUUAAUGUAUGGAAAUGACUUGCAUAAUAAAUGAAAAUGGGGGAAGAUUUUGCCAUGCCGUG